AUGAUGCUGACGAGAUUCUUCAGACGUAUCCAACUGAACUCAGCUGAUUUCGUCCCAGCAAAUAAAAACUACAUGCCGCUGAAUGCGGAUGAGCGUGCAGCAAUCGAGCGAGUUCGAGCGGCAGCGGAUGGUGUCGGACAUCCGUACUGCGAUCACGACUACAAUAUUCAUCGUUGGAUCACCGCCUAUGGAGGAGAUGAAGAGGAAGCGGCUAGGGUACUUAAACGACAUUUGAAUAUACGUGAGAUCAUGUCAAUAACGGAGCUGCCAAAUUCGAACAGUGGUGAAAUCGAUGAAGAAGCUGAAAAAUAUGCUCCGCUUACAAUUCUUGGACGCAAUCGAAUGGAUGACAAUAAGGUUUUGUUGUUCGAACAUAGCGGUAGGAUUGAUCUCAAUGGCGUUGUCGAUAAUAUUAGGAUCACGCGAUUUCUUCGAAUGAAAUUUCGUACGAUGGAACGUCUUCAGCAACGGGUUGAACAGGAAGAGCGACGAUUAGACAAACAAAGCGGUGGUGUGCUGAUAAUGGAUCUCGAAGGACUGAGUUUUAGUACAAACCUGCUAUCGGUUUUAGCGGGUCCAUAUCGUAUACUUUGGGGCACAUUAUUCGAACAAUAUCCACAGCUUAUUCAACAAAUCAUUAUCGUUAAUGCUCCAAAAUUUGUGAAUCUUCUCUAUCAAACGUGUAUUCCCUUUAUACCACAAGACUAUAAGUCAAAAAUCAUUAUUUGUUCCGGUAUUCCUAAGGAGACAUUAUUGAAACAUAUCGAUGAAUGUUGCUUACCCGUUGAGCUCGGCGGCGGAGGAUCAUGCGAGAUGACGUCAUCUGGAGAGUUCGAGAUUUAUUCGCCUAUUCAGCCACCGCUCGCUCCCUAUCCAAAAGCUGCACCUCUUCAAAUCCCUUUGGAACAGCUCACUAUUCCAGCAGGUGCCUUCACUACACAACAGUACAAAUGGAAUGCCGGAAGUCGACUAGAAUUCUAUAUGCAGCACGAUCAAGAAUUCACACUAUUCUUUUUCCACGCCAAUGAUGAUACGAAGGACACCACCACGUGGCGUGAAAUCUACGCCGGUUGCGAGCGGCCAGCACUACCGCAGAUCGAUACAUGGCAAUGGACUGUGCCACAUGAUGGAUACUACUACAUCCGAUACGGUAACGAAAAAGCGUGGUUAUUUUCGGUGACCGUGCGACAUCUGAUUUACCAAUUGAAGGAGUCGGAGAAGACUAUUGUCAUGCCAAUUUCGACAUUUGUUCAUUAA